AGGAAGACCUGCAAGAGAGACUAACGCUGGCUUUGGUGAUUUUCACCCGCAGUUGACUGCUUGCGGUUGUGGAAUGUUGGUAGCCUCGAGUUGAGGAUUAUGCUCUCUGCCCUACCUGCUUGCUGGCCGGCUGUCUCUUACUAAAUAGCAUAGUUACCGCUCGGUCGCUUGACGUAAGUUGUUGUCUACAGUCUGCAUUUACCGGCCGGCGGGUCCGUACUACUAACAAUGUGGCGUGUGGUGAAGUGAUUCAACAUUACACCAAAAUGUACGUGGGGGUUCAGUGUUUUAAAUCCAUUGUUAACCUUUAUGUGGUGAAUAUUACAUUCAUUUCGUGUGCACGAAAAAGCUAAGUAUUAACCAAAUAUAAAUAUUAAGCUGAUGUACCACAUGCCAAACAUAUUCAAGAUUACCUGCAGUGAGUUAAAGAAUGACACAUGAAGACUUUGUGUGGUGUUUUGUGAUGUAAUAAAGAAGAAAAAGUGAUUUGUUCCCCAAGAUUUUGUGCAAGUUUAAAGAUUAUUUUCAGUUAUAAAAAGUGCAUUGUUGGGAUACGUUUUAUGUAAGGAGUGGCAACAAUGGUUUUUCAUAGAAGAAUUUAUAUUGAAUAUCUUCCAGCCUUCCCGAAUUGGAAUAACAGUGGGCUGCUGCAGUAGCGUGGUGUGGGGGUGGCUGUCGGGAUGUAGGCAGUAUGCGCAAUAGCACCGUGAGUGCCCCAGUGCAAUCUUGCAGCUCUUUACAUACCCCCUCAAGCAAGAAGUACGCUGCAGUGCAACUACUCACCAAACAGACGCUCUACUUCAUCGUCGAGCCGAAAUCCAGAGCUAAGGAACUGUACGCUCAGACAUGUGCGCACCUUGGAAGCCAGGGAAUGCUAGAUUGCGAACUCUUUGGCUUGGCAGUCGUGUCAGAUGGCGAGUAUCUCUUUGUUGAUCCGGACAACAAGCUGUCCAAAUAUGCACCAAAGAAUUGGAGGUCUUCGCACGCUCAUGGCUUGGACGCAAGCGGGAAACCUUCACUCACGUUCUAUUUUCGUGUCCAGUUCUACGUGGACAGCCCUUUAUUACUCAGGGACGAAGUUACGAGGCACCACUACUAUCUUCAGUUGCGUUGCAAUGUGCAGUCGAGGGGGUUACUUCACUCAAACUCAUCAGAGGAAGUGUUGUACCUUCUGGCAGGGUACGCACUUCAAGCCGAUCUGGGCGACUACUUGGAGGAGACACACGCUGAAACUUACUUCAAGCCUGAAGAGUAUUUUCCCCAAGAAAUGGUGUCUGGGAACCAGCAGUUAGUGCAGACGCUUUCGGCAUUGCACAGGGAGAACCACGGACUCAAUAAAUCGGAAGCCGAACUGCAGUACAUCCGAGAGGCAUCUUCUGCAGAAGUGUCUCCUCUUACCCACAAUGCUCAUCUGUAUAGGCUCAAACACAAGAAGCAGGAGGUUGGCCAUGGCUCCGUGUGGCUCGCCAUCUGCGCCAAGGGCAUUGAGAUAUAUGAAGAAAAUUCUGCGAAGUCAUUAACAGGUUUCCUGUGGACUAAUAUCGGCAAGCUAUGUUUCGAUAGAAAGAAGUUUGAAAUCCGAGCACUCAAUUCGCCUGUGUCAGGCGAGAAAUUCACCUACUACACCAACAGUGAUGAGAAGAGCAAACACCUCCUCUUUUUAUGCCGGGUCACACAUCAGUUCAGUAUGGCGAUCCAGCCCCGCCUAUCUGAAGUUCGGCAUAGAGAGGAAGAAGAACGGAAACGCUACCGUGACUGCUACAUGUACUCUCGGAGUCUUGGUGCCGAAUUUCCGUCACUGGCAAAACUCUCAGGAAAUUACAAAGGACAUCAUAGUGACCAACGAAUAUCUGUUAUCAGUAACACGUCAUCUAACACCACUUCUGGCAUCGUGUCUGACCGUGUUCAGAGCUUGGAUGAAAGUGAAGAUGACCUAGAAAUUGAAAUUAUGAUUAAUUCACCUCCUGCUCCAUCCGUUGAAUCUCUAGCGCUGGCACAUCUAAGGGACGCUUCAGAUAAUCUGCAGGCUAGAGAUUCAUCUGUUUCAUCCUCACGCUCUAAUUGCAAUAAAGGUGUUGGCGAUGUGGAAAGUGCAACCCCGCCAUUAGUGACUGGAAUCACGGCACAAAAGCAGUCUCCAAGUGGAAGCACCGGUGUAGGUGGGGCAGCAACGCCAGCGACUACCGACGGUAGUCAGUGUUCCAGCUCAUGUUCUACUGUUGUGGUUGCUGGUGCCACACUUGCUAUUAGUAGUAGUGGUGGUGGUGGUGUCACAAGUAACGGCUCUGUAGAUGUGAGACGUCGUACCAGCACCAGUAGUAGUCUUGAACUCGGUUACAGCCACACUGCACAGAACUCCGCAGUAUCUGAUUCGGCAAGCACCUGCCCAGAACUAGAACUGGAUUAUUCUGUGCAGAGUGCACACACAAGCAGUGGCAUUUACACCCUUCGUAGCAGCUGUGGCACUACCGCGGACACUGUAGAAACCAAUGCCUGCUCAUCCGAGACAAGCGGUGUCUAUGCUGUGUGCAGUACAAAUAGUAUAUCCAAUACCUCGGACAGUUGUCACUACACAGGAGGUGCUUAUUCAGUCACGGGAACUUCACUAGACUCUAGUACUAGAGUAAGGGCAAGGAGUGAUAGCAUUGCGGGUUCUGUGGUCAGUGGGUCAGGAAGUUUCCGAGGCGACGGAAGCGAUCCUUCAGAAGCAGGUCCAAGAAGUCCACUCACUGCUGAAGAGCUGUCAGACUUAAUAGUUGGGAGAGGCAGUGGUAGUGCUAGUGGUCAUACAAGUGGAGUGUAUCCAUUAAGAGCUACUGUAAGUGCCACGCUGGAUUCUGAUAGUGACUAUGUAACGCUUCCACCUCCUCCUAUUCCGCCCCCACGAACAGAUAGUGAUCAGAACUACUUACUUUUGGACACAGCUUCUGUGAAAACUGCUUGCACAGUUACAACCGCUGCUUUGGUAUCGUCCGCACUCAGCAUUGAAGAUGAAGUAGAAGAUGUGAUCUCUCCACCUCCACCACCCCCAUACACUCCACAACCUCUUUCCCAACAGAAUUUACUUUCCCAACAGAAAUCACUGGAACAUAUGCACUCUCAAAACUUGCAUAUUCUGCCUAAAGCAGAGCAGCCACUACUCUUACAUCAAGCUAUUUUGGCACAGCAGCAGCAGGAGUUGUUGAAUCAGUCUGCACACCACGUUCUAGCUCAGCAGUCUGCGUGCCUACUAACACCUUCUCAUCACCAAUCAUCUUUGAUGAACCUCUCACUGCCUGUAGAAGAAGCCAAUGCUCGGUUCAUCACCACCAAACCUCACAUCAACAUUUUAACGGCACAUACAAGCCUCGUAACAUCCACGGCCGCACCGAGUUUUGCAGCGCCCACAUUAGCAUAUCAGGUUACCAGCAAUGGAAAUAUGGCAGCAGCAGAUAGUCAGCAGUUGCGAUUAUAUCCACCAGGGGAUACCAGAACACAUCCUCCUACUCAUGUGAAAAGUGUUGGAAGUCUUCAUGGGGUUCAUGUUGUGCCCCAACACCAAGCUGACAGUGGAUCAUCAUUUGUGAGUUACUCUGGCCGGCCAGACCCAGGCGCAAAGAUGAAACCACGUCCUGUACAGACAUUGGUACCAGUCAUUGGGAAGAACAACUAUCUAGAUGUCCAUGCAUCUAGAACUAAUGCUAGUGCACAAUCAACAGCUGCAUUCCUACGGUCUACAGUUGCUAUGUCACCAAAUCCACCGCCACCUCCGCCACCACCACCGCCACCGCCACCACCAUCAUCAUAUCAGUAUCACCAACGCCAGUUCUCACCACCACCUCCACCACCAGUUAUUCGCCCACGACAGCCACCUCCCCCUCCUCCAGCCGCCUCCAGUCAGCCAAGUCUAGCGACUGUGUACACCAGUCAAGUGACAAGAAGUCAGAUUGAGCAGUUCCAGCAACAGAUGUACUCUGACGUUGACUAUGUCAUCUACCCAAUGAAGGAUCCAGCCAUCAGUAAGCAGGAAUACAUGGAUGCAAAACAGGGCUCUCUUAUUGCACAUGCUGCUGCCAUGCGCUACCCUUGUCAACAGUUGGCAUAUCCGCCGCCUCCGUAUCCUUCGUAUUGUGCUGGACCCAAGAGCCACUUCAUGUAUCGCAGUACUCCUAAUGUAGCAGUUGCCAGUGGGUAUCUGCCUGUUCCAUUUGGAAAUUCUAGUAUGCAGUCUGCCUCUGCUUCUCCAAUUAAGUAUGCAUCCAAUCAGAAUUUGUCAUCAGUGGAACCGUUAACUGGAUAUGCAAGUUUUUCACCUUCAUCCUAUCUUUCUGCUAGUCACUACUCCUCCCCUGCUUCCCCUCUGUACUCUGCUGGCACGUUAUAUGCGUCAUCAUCGAGGAGCCUGCGAUAUGAACCCGCAGUCCCGCCCUUGUCUUCCAGUGCUGCUGAUCUGCUUCACUUAAGUGUGUCAAAGCUUCUCCCUUCUACGUCAAAUCCCCCGCUUGGUGGAUUUGGAAGAGCGCAGUCUGAUGACAACAUCCUUAACUCAUAUGAGAAGCCUAAUAAUAAUGGGCAGUCCUUGUUGGAAAGACCCAAAUACCGACGAUUACCACCACCGCCACCUCCGCCGCCAUACGAUCAACAGGUGACUGAGAAAAUCUCAACAAAACUUGAGCCUGCAAUGUCUUUGGUAUCUCCAAAGGUGCCUGCAGGUAAUGAUGAUGGCGAAGGCAUGCUGGAUAUACGGACGCUGAGAGAGAAGAGCAAAAAUCUGGAUUUGCCUCUCAUAUCUGCUCUCUGCAAUGAUCGUUCUCUUCUCAAACAGACAAAUGCAUUCGUUAUGCCUCGACAUCCUGGACCUGGAGGAAAACAAGGAAGAGGAGGACGACGAUGCGAAAGACCUGUGUCGUGGCAUGUUGAGACUGGAUCCAGAGUUGGUUUAUUGAGCCUGGAGGGGAAAACAUCAGUUUCAGUUUCAGAUAAUACAGCAAAUGUAGAUAACAAUAGUGGAACUAGUAAGCCACAGAGAACUACACUUUUGCCUUCCUUGUUGGCACACAAAUCAUUAUCUUCAUCAGGAAACAAACACUCUUCAUAUAGUAGCAGUAAACACAAGUAUCCUGUGUCAGGUUUGUCUACCACUCAGAUAUCAAAGCCUCAGAGAAAAGUUUCUACAAGUACGCACAUACAUCCAUCUCAUCACCAGGACGUAAUGAAAAUGACACAUGCCAACAUAAACAGUUCCGCAACAGCGAAAAGUGGCCAGUCUGUGGUUAGCGUUAACAAAUUAGGAGUGAGCACUAGCACGAACAAGCAACGGCAUCGAGAUGUCAUCAUACCGUGACAGAAUUCUGUUCGCAUGCCUGUGCCAUAUUAUCACAUAAAUGCAUAUACAGCUCAUUUGGAACACGUGGCUUGACCUUUUGAGGCGUAGAUGCCUGUGAACAAUGGUUUCAUGCAUUUCAGGCAUCAUGUCAUUCCACGUGUACCAUAAUCGCGUAGUAGAGUUUUAUAAAAAUUGCUUGCUAGAUUAACUGUUUAUAUUUUAAAAAGCUAGUGACGUGGAAUUUGAAAUUGGCAAAGAUUUUUCAGUCUUCUUCAUGUGUUAUCUCAUGGUAGCUUCAUACAAUAUAGAUAACACGAGCAUUGCGCGCGUCAUGGUCAGAGUUUUGAGAUCUGAUCCGUUCCGCGCUGUCGUGGGCAGUUGUGUGUGUUCGGUUAAAUCAUGUGAACAGUUACUAAAAAAUAUGAUUGUGAAUGGUGACAGUUUACAGAUUUGCACAUUUUUUGAGGCUAUUAUGGUACUAAUUUAGCUCAGUUUGCAUUUAAUGCACUUUGACUCUUUGUUUUAAGUUUGAUAUCACUUUUAUAACAAACCAAUUAAGGGUUAACUAACUGUAGGAUAUGAUUAUAUAUAAAUAAACAUGACAGCAGUGUCAUAAUAUGAAGCUUGACUGUAAACAUAUUAUAUAAAAGUAUUACCAGUGAAUAUUAAUAAUUAAAUAACACAGUUUUAAAUAUGCACUGUUUUGCUAAUAGUUCCAUGAUUCUGUAAUUUGAGAAAUAAUAUUAGAAACAUGCGACUGUUUGGUGCGUAGUUUAAAUCAAGAUGGUGUAUGUCAAAUUAUCAGUAAAACAUUCGGUAACGUCCAAAAAACUUUUGGUUUAGAAGGUAAAUGAUAUCUUGCAAAUAAAAUUAUAAUUUCACAAUAGAAUAAAUUGCAUUAUUAAGACAUACAUUGUCAGAAACAAUAAUAAUGCAUAAAAUCGCAACAAAAGGAUCUGUGAAAUAUGACGAGAACUGUGUUUUUAAAGAAAGGGAUACCAAAAGGCUGAAAGCAGCACAAAUGAAGUUUCUGUGAUCUUUACUGGGAAUUAAAGACUGGAUCAUGAAUGAAAAACACACACAAAUAAUUUUUUAAAAUGUCAGUGAAACUGAAAACUGCCAGACAAAUUGACUACUCUGCGGACACUGAGCACAGACAAACAGAAUUACGAAGUAGGCGCUGGAAUACAAACUGCUGGGGCAAACGUGCAUUGAGAGAAAUACCUAAUGUUUUCUGGGUGAAAAUAGGAUGACUCUGGAAAAAUCUCAGUAGCCCCGAAUCGCUACACAUCUUCCAUGGCCAAAAUUAGAAUUGCAUGGGUUAGGUGUAUGAAGUGGUAUGGUAGUGUUACUUCAGUGAGGCCACUGUACAGCCUUAGUUGUUAUUUUGGAGACUGAUAUUUUAAUUAACGACUUUUAAAAUUACUUCAUUCGAUAUUUUACUGCAACAGAAUGUGUGUGUUAGCUUCACUUCAGUAAUAUCCAGAAAUGGUUUAGAACAGUUUUUCUGAUGAGAUAUCAAAAGACGGAAUUAAGUUCGUGGGAUUAUUUUAAUGUCCAAAAUGGUAUAAAAAUAACGUCCUCCAUAGUUAUGAAAGAAUAACACAAAGUUAUAAAAUGUUAUAUAACAUUAAAAUAAUACAAGUAUAAAAAUUUUUGUUUUGUAGCUCAUAAUUAUGUGUUACAGUAGUCGUCUGGAAAUGUAUUUAUUAAAUUGUAGGAAUUCCAUUCGAUAAUACGUUCUUAAGAUUAAUUUAAAAUGUAAUAUUAAAAUUCCCAGUUACUUUCUCAGGCGCAGUCUUUGUGUUCCUUUGUUGCAGGCAUAUUAGGUACAGUAACCCACCGACAUAUCCAGCUGCCAUUUAUUAAAAGAUAUGUUAUAUAUAUAUUUUCUUAGUAGAAGAAUAUUCUGCUGAAUGUAAACUAUUAGAACAAUAUGUGAAAUAUUUUGUCAGAUUUAUUUCUUAGUAAAGGCAAAAUAAUAGGAGAUAUAGAAAAUUCUGUAAGGCAGUCUGCAAGUAAUACUCUGAAACUUUAUUAUGGCACUAUGUAUAUUAAACGAGAGUCACGCGUAUAUUUAUUGUUUAUUUGAAUCUUGGAACUUUUCGGCCAGACCGCAAAUGGUCUUCUUUUACUGUACCUGUAAAAAGAAGAUCCCGUUCCAGACUUCCUUUUCAAGAACUGUUGGGAAUUUAUUUCUGAGUGACCCUGUUAUUUUCUAAGGACCACAUUAUAACGUAAUCAUUCUCAGGGGGUGGAUUAGCCUUUAAGGCACUAUGGUGCUCACAUACAGGCUGAAGUUUUGUGUAGUGUAAACACCUGGUGUAUAAAUUAUGAAGUUAAAAUACUGAAUACGGUAUCACAGAAGUAAAUUUUUUAAACUGAAAUCAAAAAAAUAUUUAAAUUAUUAUUUAUUGGAUGUCACCUUAAAGAAACAAAAGAAUGGUGUGUGACAUUUUUGUAACUGGUAUUUUGAGGGGGGAGAGGGGUGAUUUAGGAAGUUGACAACUGCAGAUACAGCCCUAUCAGGUAGUAACUAUUCAUGCUGUUAGUAUAUGAGUAAAUUUUAUGCCAGCUAAGUGUUGUUAUUUAGUAGAGUUUGAGUCGGAAUUUCUUAUAUAUCCUGGAUACUAUAAUAGACAAAAUAAAUAUAUAAUACAAAUUUUGUAUAUAGAAGAUAGAAGUAUCAGAAUUUAUAUGAACGAAAUUUUGGCUCUUGAUUUAUUUCCAUCAUUUGUGCUGCUGAUUUUGAUAUCGUAUUAGUAAGCACUAGUUGCCUUUGUAGUACUGAAAUCUGUCGGCAUGCUUACAUUUUUUAUAAUUGCUAAAUGAAUCAAAGAUUGAAUCCGAGGUACUUAGUUAUAAUUAGCACUCUUAGCUGUUUUAAACCCUUAUGUGCCAAUUAAUGGAAACGCCAUAUGUUGAGACACUAUUUGUAUAUUAAUGACCCUCAUUUAUUAAAUGCCUCAACUUUUAUCUGAACUAACAUGAUCUGUUAAACCUGAAGCUUUGCAAGCUUCUGAUUCUCAGGGUGCCAUUUUCUGUUUCCCAUAAUCUUGGUUUAGAAUAUAUAAUGUAGUGUCAAAUAUGUAUGUAAAUCUUGUUUUUUUAUGUUUUGUGUUAUUUUUCCCCAUUGUAAGAAAUAUCAAUUGCUCAACUUUAUAUUUUUAAUCGUAAUUUUGCCGCUAUACAGUUUUAUCCAUACAGACAAUUAAUGUGAAAUAAGCUAGGUGUUAGUGCGUACUUAAUUUUGUAUGACGGUAUGAUAUAUCUGAUCUGUUUCUGUUUUAAGAGGCAUUAAGAAAUGAUUGUUAGUUAUGUACCUUCCUAUAUAAAGUGUUCAGUUACUUAUAAAAGAUAAAUUUCUUGUUGUCACAGCCUUGUAAAAAUAACUAUUAAACAUCCCAAAUUUUGUAUCAACUAUUUGAUUUUGCGAGCACUUGGACCAAAAGAACUGUUAUACAAUAUGAUAUUUAUGAGAAAAUAUUAACUUUUUUUAUCUUUUGAUGCAGAUUAAUUACUGAUACUUUGUGUUCACUAGUGCAUGUCCAGUGUCUUAGUUAUGUAAUCAUGUUUUUAAUAUUUCUUUUGUUAUAAUGUGUCUAAAUGGGUCUAAGUGGAACAAGUUGCAUGUGUAAGAUACCUGUCAUCUCACUGUACAUACAUUACCACAUUCAACAUUAUUAUCUACUUAUUAAAAAUAUUUUAAAGAAGUGA